AUGUCUUGCUACGACCUGUGCGUCCCCGCCACCAGCUGCGGCAUCGCCCCCACCAGCUGCGGCAUUGCCUGCCCCCAGCCCAUCGCUGACAGCUGCAACGAGCCGUGCGUCCGGCAGUGCCCUGACUCAACAACUGUGAUCCAGCCGCCUCCCGUGGUCGUCACCUUCCCCGGCCCCAUCCUCAGCUCCUUCCCCCAGAGUUCAGUUGUGGGCUCCUCUGGAGCACCCGUCCUUGCAGCCUCCCUGGGUUACGGGGGCUCCUCCCUGGGCUCUGGGGGUCUCUAUGGCUAUGGAGCCUCCUCCCUGGGUUACAGGGGUCUCUACGGCUAUGGAAGAUCCUAUGGGGCUGGAUACUGCCGGCCCUUCUCCUACCGGUACAGCAGGUACCGCCGUGGAAGCUGCGGGCCUUGCUAG